AUGGGUAAAAAGAGGACGGCGGAGGACAGAAGAAAACAAGCUGAAAAAAGCGGCUUCAACUUCGACGACGAGGACGUUGACGAUAGACCUGUCCCACGAUUUGUUCUGGGAUAUACCGAAAGAGUGUGCAAUGUACAGGUAGAGCUCUGGCAGGACGAUUUGAGAACUCUGAAGAGAUUCGCCGAAUUUAUAGCCAGCUGUACUUCGGGGAUUCUUGACCCGGAAGGCAAAGCUACUGUUCAGACUGUGCGCAAUCACUUCCGUCGCUUUGUGUCAGGCUGGAAUCGCAACAACCCUGAAUCAUUAAUCACGAGAGAUCAUACAAAUUCCAUCACCAAUUAUAUUAAAGGGCCGCUAAAGAAGAAGAUCGGGUUGUCAAACCUUAAAAAACCGAAAACGUACAUGACAAUCGAAAAUUUCAUGUACAUGGAAAGACAGCUUUGGCAGAGUGAUGGGCAUGAAUACGUUCACGAUGGAUAUCGUGUCUUAAUUAGUGCCAAACUAAAAUGUCAUGUAUUCACCUCAACUAAAGUGGGUGAAAUAAGUGAAAGCUCUAGUCGAGCGGGCACUGGGAAUGGGCUGCUUUACAAACAUACGGAGAUGUUAGUCGCAUGGAAGAAUGGAGAGCCAAAGCUGCGCUACAGUCUUAAACGGGAGUUUGCGAAAGGGAUGCACGACAAGGAAGAUCAGCGACCAACGCACAUUUUAUAUGAGCACUUACCCGGCCAGCCUCUCAUUCUGAGCCCGAUCGUCUUUCUGCUGGCCAUAUUCCUCGCACGAGGAGCUUUCAAAAGCUACAAUGACAUUCAGCAGAUUUUGGACGUGAAACCACCAUCUGAUCAAGGAUACUGGGUUUUGGAUUGGGCAGAUCAUGUUAAGGAUCUCCCAGUGUUUCCAACAAUGACUGCAAAGGGUAUGACCCAGAAGAUUCAAACGGCUGGUACGUUUGCCAAUCAGAUCAGGGGUCUAUCAAUACGUGCAGGAAUGGAACGACCCGUAACACCACAUGGAAUCCGCCGAGAAUACCUGAUCCAAGCUACAAAUAAAAAUUUUAGCUUUUAG